AUGGAGGGAAUAAUGAACGCACUUAAAGAAAUUCAAAAUGAAUUAGAAGAGCAAAAAAUAACUAUUCGUGAAAGCGGAAAAAAAGUGACGGAACAAGUUACACAAAACAUUAACAAUAUAUUAGAAGAAAAAUUUUUUGCACUAGAAGAAAAUCAGAAAAAACUGAAAGAGCUAGUAGACAACCAGGAGAAAAGAAUAGAAAAACAGGCAAGGCAAAGAAAUAUAGUUUUUUUCGGGAUUGAAGAGACAGAAACAUCAUAUGAAAAUCUAGAAAGGAAUAUUAUACAAUGGAUCGAACAAUAUUUCUCUAUUAAACUGACCUAUAGUGACAUACAAGAAAUUAAAAGACUAGGAAAUAAGAGAGAAAGACCACGACCAGUAGUGGUAACCUUCUUAAACCUAGGUAUAAAAAUUAAAAUUUACAAACAAAAAAGAGCACUGAAAGAUACUAUUUAUUACAUGAAAGAAUAUUAUCCAAAAUACGUAUUAGAAAAGAGAAAAGAAUUGCAAGAACAGUUACAAUUAGAGAGAGAGAAAGGAAAUAUAGUUUUCCUAAAAUAUGACAAAAUCGUCAUAUCAAAACAAACAUCGAAACGAAAGUUUAACAUUUCGCCAAAAAACUCUAAUAAAAAUAUAACUAUGCAAGAAAAGGAAGACAACAUACAAAUAAAUAAAAAGAAAAAGUCACAACAGUCUGGCUCAUCACCCAAAAGAUUAAAUAGCACUUCAGAAAGACAAUCAAAAGCCUCCUCCGACAUUAAUGACAAAAACAAACAAAUCGAAACAAGAAACAUAAAAAAUCUUCCAACCCGGCUGGUCACCGUGGAAGAGUACGACCAAAACCCUCCAAAGAAAAAUUCACAAAUACGUAACAACUUUACAGAAGAUCAAUGCCACACAUUAAACAUUAUAACAUAUAACGUCAGGAGUUUAUCCUCAUAUGAUCGUUUACUUGAAUUAGAAGAAAGUUUAAGUAAAAUUAAUUAUGAUAUAAUAGGAAUCUCGGAAGUGAGACGACAUGGAAACGAAAUAGAAGAAUACGAGACCCUGAUACUAUGCUAUAUAGGACAUACACCUGGGAAAUAUGGAGUAGGCUUCAUAAUAAACAAGUCUCUAAAGAACAACAUAGAAAGUUUCACAGGUAUAUCAGAACGUGUUGCUUUACUUAACAUGAAUAAUGAAGGUCAUAAAUUGUCCAUAAUACAAGUAUACGCACCUACAGAUGCAGCCAGUGAUCAUGAAAUAGAGGAAUUCUAUAAUACAAUCGAUAAAGCAAUCAAACAAGCACACAAACACAUUAUACUAAUGGGAGACUUCAAUGCGAAGAUUGGAGCUCCUAAAGAUCAAGAAUACAUUAUAAUGAAACAAUACGGAUAUGGCGAAAGAAAUGAAAGAGGUCAGAGACUGGUAGACUUUGCGCUAGAACAAAAAUUGACAAUCAUAAAUACAUAUUUCAAGAAAAAACCAAACCGAAGAUGGACAUGA